ACCUGUGGCCUUCCGAGGCUUCUGUUUGGCAGUGCCCUCGAGGGCAGAGCUUGGGACUUGGUGCCCUGAGCUUUUCCAAGUCAGCUGUCCUGCUACUAACUCCAGUCAUUGACAUGGAGCAGAGACCACCGAGUGUGCCCAAGCUGGCCUGGGUUGAGGAGGACGAAGGCGGCCCUGGAGCUGCCCCAGGACAGGAGACUGAAGAGGUGGUGCCAUUCCAUCCACCACAGGAGGAUGCAGCCGUGGAGCGCACACAGGAGGAGCAAUCCAGCCGUGGCCGCUUCCGCAGAACAGCGCAGCUCGUUUGCGACUUCAUCAAGAGUGUUCGGCAGGAAGAGGCCAGGGCUAUGGGCGCUGGGCUCAGGGCACACUCAGAGGUCCUCAAAUAUGAGACCAGUGCUGCCCUGCUAGAUUUGCUUGUGGAGAACGGUGCUUCCAAGCCAGAGCAAGUGCCCGCCAUGGUGAGGUACAUCCACCAGUGGCUCCUGGCCAAUGAUCCCGCCGAGCACAGGCUGGACAAGACCCUGCUGAAUCUCACCAAAGCACACCCGGAUGAUGCAGUAAUGACGCUCCUGCGUGUGGCCCCGUCCUGUGACAGAGCUGCUUGGACCAUGUGGAAAACCAUCAUGGGCUCAAGCAGGACUGCGGAGCUGGCACAGCUGGUACUCCUGGAUGUGCUGGGGAACUGGCCGGAGCACAGCACAUGCACCUCCAAUGGGGACAAAACGGGUGUCUUUGCCCUGGCUGCAACUCUGGUGAUGUGGAAGAUCCUCCAGGAGCGCUGUGUCCCCCGUAUAAUGAAGGUGUAUUUCCCACGCCUAUUUGUGCACCUGCUCUUCCAAGUAUUCUUCAGCACUCUGGAUAUGCCAGAGGAGGUGGAUACCUUCUGGAAGGGAUGCCAGGAAGAACACGGCCUUGCCACCAGCCCCAACAGGUUUGCAGUGCGGACCCUGAAGUCCCUGCUCUGCCAAAGGCAGUACAAGGAUGUGGUGGUGGCAAUGGAACGCAGGGGUGUCUGGAACACACUGCUGUGUGAUGAUACCCGACACUAUGCCGUGGGUCUGCUGGCCAGGGAGAUGCGCCAUGCUCGUCUUGAGUUGUGUUCCAGUAUUGCACUCCACCUCCUCCAGCUGCUCAGCAGGGAGGAGCCACGCUGGGAUCUGCCCGCCCUGGCGUUCCUUGUGGAGGUCCUCGAGUGCCUGGAUUACAGUGAAUGUGCUGACAGUGUUGUGGAGGUCUCAUCAAGGUACCUGCAGAGCGAGUGCAGGGAGAGGCGUCGCCUGGCACUCAGGGCCCUUCUCGAGCUCAUUCACAAUCCCUCGAUGGCUGACAAAAUGUGGAGGCUGACUGAAAGCCUCAUGGAUCUACUGUGGGACAAUGAUGCAGAGAUAGCUGGGAUGACACUUGUCGCACUCAGCUUUAUAUUCUGGCGCAAAUACAGUCUGAUGUCAAGCCCUAUUGUCCUGCAGCUGGCUGAGGCACUCCUGCCACUCUUUGACCAUGAUAAUAGCCAGGUACAGCUGCUCUCCAUAAAACUUUUCCGAGACAUGAUGGAGGUUUUGGAAGAGAGAGAAAAACCUUUGGAAAGGCUUGUGCAUCAGAGUCUGCUGCCACUCUUCUUCCACUGCCAUGAUGAGAGUCAGCAUGUGGCAGAGGCUUCUCGGGAAACGCUGCUUUGUGCGGCCAGGUUCCUGAAGAGGAGAGAUAUCAAAAAGCUGGUGAAGGAGGAGAAACUGUGGAAGUUCAGCAAGUGUUUGGGGUGGCCGGACAGCACCUGAGGGGGAACAUGGAAGAGCUGCUGAUGAUCUACAGUGCCCUUGAAGACAGGGCAAAUGACGUCAGCCUUGCCGUUGGAAGCCUGGCAAUUCAAUCAUUGUGCAUCCUCAGGUCUGCAGAGCGGGCUCCAAUCUCCAGGUUCCAGAGGCUGCAAAAUCAGCUGCGCGGGAUGUGGAAGGCUCGGCCGCGUCUGUCGCAUCUCCACAGGCUGAGCUGCUGGAGCUCUGUGGAGAUGUGAUUCCAUAUGUUCUUUUAGUUGGGGCCACCGGACUAAUUAGGAAUUUUGUUUUUUUUCAAGAAUGUUCUACUUUUAGUUUUCUUUUACUGUGUUAAUAUAGAAUGUGUUAUAACA